UUUCUCCCCACCCCCGGAGGGUGAUAACGCAGCGCCGCUGCGGCCCGGAGAGGGUGGUUUCAUGCGAGCAGGGAGCCGUCCGUCCGUCCGUGUCGGGACAUGUCAGUGAAACAGGGGAGCUCGGAGCUGGCCGACGACAGCGAGUCGAAUGUCUUUGAAAUCGUUCUCCCGAUCACUAUCUUAGUGCUGAGCGAUGAUGACUUUCUCUGGGCGGAGGCUGAGGAGCAAGCAGCCAGCGUUCCAGAGCUGAGGAAGGAGAGCAAGCAGGAGGGUCACCUAAACAACAGGGUUUUCCUCAAAAGUGAUGUGACACCGGCAAAUGACAGUGAUAGUUUAAGCAUUUUGGAAGAAAACAAGCCUGCUUCAAAUAAGGAUUGUAGUGUGAAAUACUCUGAAGAACAUUGGGUUGCUGAGAGUGCAUGUAACAACCAUUUUGAUCUGUUAAGUGACCACUGUGAUGCAGACACAGAUAAAUAUAGGCAAAAUGACAUGUUGCCUACAUUGUCUUGCAAAACACAGCUUACAGAGGUAAACAAAACCAGUGACGGAGAAAAAUGUGAUAGUGAUGAUGGCUUUCAGAUUCGGCUGCCUCUCUCCUCUGCUGACAGUGAGGGCAGAGAUGAUACCGUUGGGACAAGCGGACAGCUGACUUUGACAGUGGUAUCCCAACAUGAAGAGGAACUUGUCAGUGUUGCAAGUGUUCUUUCUGAUGGUGGUCAAGAGACACAACCAGAAAUCCACAAGGAGACGGAGGCAGUUGUUAAAAUGGAAGAUCCUGAUUCUUCAAAGAAUGGAGAAAAUGAAGCUAAUAACAUAAAGGGAAGCAAAUAUGAAGGUGAAACUCUGAGUUCUCUUUUGGAACAUGGCUUGAAAGAACUGAAAUUUACCUAUAAUUGUUCUGCUCCACUUCUUAAUGGAUGUUCUCCUAAUUCAGAAGAACUGCUAAAAGAUGUAGGGAAACUGGAGACAAACACUUCCCCUUCUGCUGCAUCAAAUACUACUGGAGAGCAUAUUUGUGAGACAUUAAGGCCACAUGCUAAGAAAAGAAACCGGAAACAAAAAGUUGUUUCUCCUCAUGCAAGCCCAAAAGAAUUCCAAAGCCAGCAGGAAGGUUUGGCAUGCCUAAGUAAUAGUGUGACCAUCAAACGUCUUUCUAAAGCAUCUUGUUCUUUAAAUAAGAAUGAAAGGUUGAAUUUGAAGUGCAGGCUUUGUAAUUCUGUAUAUAAAAGCACUACACAUCUAAAGAAACAUAUUUAUUCAGCUCAUAAAUAUAAGAAAAUACACAAAUUCUACUUUUGUAAAAGAAUCUUUCUCUUUUCUCUCAACCUUAAGAAUCACCUUAAAUUUCAUAAGAAAAUCACUAGGUUGCAAAAGGCAAGAAAAAAUAGAAUAAAUGCGAGAAAAGUUAGACAGAGAAGAUCCAAAGAAAGAAAAUCUGACACCAAGAAAAAAGAAAGUAAGUAUGAGAAAUUUUUCAUCAGAAUUAAACGGGACUUUACACCUCUGGGUGUGCCGAUUAGUUUUUCUUGCAAAAUUUGUUUCUUUGCUUCAUCAAAGCCUAGGAUUUUUAUUCAUCACAUGAAGGGACAUAAAGAGAGGCCACCUUACCAGUGUCCUCAGUGCGAUUACUCCUGUGUUAGCUUAUCCUAUCUGUUAAAUCACAUGUAUUGGCAUGCUGGGUAUAAGCUGUACCAGUGCAGGUUUUGCACCUUUUUUUCGUUGUAUUAUGCAAGCAUGGUAAGGCAUAGCUAUGUACAUACUGGGACUAAACUGUAUUCCUGUGAGUUCUGCCAGUUCUCAUUCACAGGCACCACGGGGUUAAACAGACACAGAAGAUUAUGUGCUGGCAAGGAAACAUGCCAAGAGCAGCAACUCCACCUACGUGGAAGAAAGAGAACUCAAAGACCUUUAAAGAAUUACACAUGUGAUGAGUGUAACAUAGUGUUUUAUACGAGAGGACGUCUCAGCUUCCAUAAGAAAUGUCAUGAACAGUUUAAGGCUACUGCUAAUAGUUAUACAAAUUGGAGCAAUGAAUAUCAUAAAAGCAAAAUAUGUGAAUCUGACAGUGAUUCUAAGGACUGUGCUUCUCUACCUCUUUCUGGUAAGGAAAAUUGUCUCAAUGGGGGAAUGCUGGCUUCUGAAGUAGAAUUUGAGUGGGCAGAUGAUGUGUGGGACAAUAAGAAAAUGUGCUCUGGAAAGAAAUUCCCUGAAAACAGCCAUGGAAGCAGCAGCUUACCUGUUAUCGGCAAUAAAUCAGAAGCUCCUCUGAACUCAUACAACACAGAUGCUAUCAUUUCCAAAGAGGGACAUCUCUUUGACUCCAAGGCCUGUCAUUCACAAGUUCAAGAUGAUAAUGCAUAUCAUAAAUUUGUGGAAAACACAAAGGAUAUGUGGCCUUUAAAUUUGUCUACAUUCAAAACGUACAAGUGCCAGCACUGCAACUAUGCUACCGCUGUUCAUAGUGACUUUAAGCUGCACCUAGAAAUACAUACAGAUGGAAGGCCCUUUGUGUGUAAAGAAUGCAAUAAGACAUUUAAAACAUCAAACCAUUUGCAGAAACACAGUGUUACCCACAUAAGGGAUGGAUAUGAGUUUGGCCAUAGCUUCUAUGUAGAUAACAGCUUAGAGAAUCUUGAAUUGUGUCGUAAAAUCAGCCUGUGUCCAGAAAGAGACUUCGCUUUCUUGGAAGGUUCAAACGGCAUCCAUUCCUUGCGUGGUUCAGAAGUCCGUGGACUACAGCCAGAUGUCCGAAGGGGCGAAGAAAAUUAUUUGCUAACACAAAGUCAGCCACAAUUCUAUCAGUGUGCACAGUGUGAGUAUGCUACUUAUGUUUUAGGCAAUCUUGAAGUACAUGUAAGAACUCACACAGGUGAGAAACCUUACAGCUGUGGUGUUUGUCAGAAGAAGUUUCGUACUUCCAGUCACCUGAGAAGACACAGUGUGACACAUUUUAAUAUAGGGUAUUUAAAGUGCAGGAGCUGUGACUAUUCAACAAACAAAUGGUUGUCCUUGAAAAAGCAUCUGGCCUCACACUCUUCUGAGGAAAGCUCAUCUACUGGCUGGCUCUGUGAACAAAAGCUGCUACCUUUCAAAAUACAUACUUGUGAAGUGUGUGGCUAUUGCACACCCCGCAAUGGAAACUUGAAGCUACAUUUGAGAAUUCAUACAGGGGAGAAGCCAUUCAAGUGUGGUCAGUGUGCUGUUGCUUUCCGCACAUCUAGCCAUCUGAAGAGGCACUUACUGACUCACUAAAGUUGCGCUGCAAGAGGUGUAAAUUUUCUACGGUAGAUAAACGUGCUUUCCAAAAGCAUGUAAAAGCACACACAAAAAAAAAUCCAAGUGUGAAAAGUCUGAUGUGAGACUGCCUACCAAAAAAUGUCUGGAAAAGCAUAAGCAGCAACAUAAGCUUCAAAAUUGCAAGUUGGCAUGUGAUUCUGGACAGAUUUGCAUGUCCUGAAUUUGUUCAUUGCUGUUGUCCCCAGAGCAAUGGCUGACCAUGGGUGCAUCCAGUGUUUUGGCCCAGCGUGAAACUCAGGGUAACUUGGGGUACUAGUUUGCUCCAGGUUCUGCUGAGAGCUUCAGCUUUAGCACCGACUCUGCUAGAGAAGAUCAUGGAGGAACUUUUUCAUGCCCGAGUAGCUUCAUAAUAGCAUGAGGUCAGUUAUAAUUUGGGCAGUGUUCAUCAGUUUAAACAGUGCCACUUCUUUUCUUGUAAAAAAUGAAUUUAAAAAACCCAAAAUAACUCUUGUCUAACUGACACAAUGUUUAAAGGGAGGGAAGGAGGUGCACGUUACAUUGUAUAGUAAUAACUUUUCAUUUAAAAAUUGUGUUUGGAGGCUUCAUGGUACAUCCCAUCUGCUGAAAGUUGCAUUCCCUGAUCCCAGGUUCUCUUGCAAUACUUGUGAGAGGAAAAAAAAUAGUAUCUCACAAAAUUUCAGGAACAGAAGAUUUGUGUCAUUGCUGGGUAAUUGGGAUAUGAACGUAUUUUCUUUAUUAGGCAGUUCUCUUGUCUGUACUUCUGAUAAUUCUUUGAGUAGUCUGACGGAAACAGUUAUGUCCUUAAUCAUAUAUUUUAUACUGAGAAUUGAUAAAUUAAUCUUCAGUUUUAAGUAAAUACCUGAUAUUAAUCUAGUAUGAAAUUCCUUUUCUCAAGCUGGUAGUUACUGUGCUCCUUGUUUCUGAAAAUAGACAAUAUAAUACUUUUCAAGGAACUUCUGUUAGUUUAACGUCUUGCUGAUACAUUGCAAAUGCUACUUAGUUACAUGGAAAACCUUAGCAGUAUCUUGAACUGUAAAAUGUAUUUUCUUUAAGAGCUUUACUGGUUUCUAAAAUACCACCUAUAAGGACCACUUGUGCCAAACAGCAGCUGUUACCUGGUGCGGUGAAGGCAGGUGGAUGCUUCUUCCACUUUAUGGUCAAAUCUAGACAAAAAAAUUGUUUUAGAGAGUUACACAGAGCUGCGUGUGGAUGUUGCUGAAUGUUCCAUGUUCAGUGUUAUUGUUAACAGUGGUGUUACCCUCUUGAGCUGAGGAAAGACAGUGCAAAGGGCUGGUGCUACCUGUCCCUUUUGUUUAUAAACACAGCUCAUACUUUGCAGAGGCUUUCUGGUAAUGUAGGAGGCAGGUUGGAAUUGACUGUCCAAGGACAUAGGGGCGUCUCCCACUUUGGAGAUACUCAAAAGCCAUCUGGAUGUGGGUCUGGGCAACCAAGCUCUUUGUGGCCCUGCUUGAGCAGAGCUUGGACUAGAUGACCAGAAGGCUUGCAGCCAUUAUGUGAUUUGGAAUGCAGCUUUCCAAGAGCGGAUUGAAAAUCACAAUUGCUGUGUGUUUUUAAGGCCAGCUCAGCAAAGUUAUUUAAGUGAUCUAGUUCUUUGUAGUUGCACUAAAAUCAGACAACUAAAUAUCUGACCCCUGGUGUUUAGAGAUGUUUUUACUGCAAGGGAGGUCACUGUUUGGGAAUAAGUGAAUGAUUGAGUAGCCACCUGAUACAUUUGUGAGAAAGAAGAACCUUAUCCUGAUACAAAUAAAGAAAAUUACUUCUGGGCAACAGUGUUAUACAAGCAUGGAGGAAUUUUUCCCUGCAUUACUGUACAACUGAUCAUUUAUUUGAAGAAAAACUCCAAAGAACAGGUACAAAGAGGAAACAAAAAUGAAGAGAAUUGUAAGCCUAUAUAUCAGAUGAGACUAGGAAAGCUAAAUCUGGGAGAGUAAUUGUUUGAAAGUAUGGUGUACAGUGAUGAAGAAGGGAGCCCAAUUUAAGAGGGAUAAAUCAAUUGAUGAAAGCUUUAAAAAGGCUUUGUAAACAGUGUGAAUUUCUUUUAGUUGUAAGGAAGAACAACAGAAGAUGUUUUCAGUUGGACCUUAAUGAGUUUGUAUCCAGGUCAUUGCCUCUAAUAAAAAUAAAUAGUGUUUCAUGA